AUGAACUUUAGAUCUUAUCUUAUAUUCCCUUCAUUUUUUGUUUGGCUCAUUUUUCAUUUGCAGGAUUAUAGAAACUCCUACUAUCCUACUGUUCUUCCUUUGAGAAACCCUAACUCUGGUGAUCCAGAACUUCUUGACCAGGAGGAAUUUGGGAAGUUGGCCAAACAUCGUGAAUAUGAUGAGAACAUCAACUCGGCAGAAGAACUCGGUCUGACAUCGGUGCAACACUGCAAAAAACAGAUGUUUUUCUUUAAGUUUCCAGACCGUCUCCCUGUAAUGAAGCAAUCGACAGGAAAAAACACCAAGAGGUCGAUAUCGUCAGAGAGUAGUUCAAUAAGAAGCAACCCUUUUGAAGGUUUACCAGAAGGUUUCAUGGGCAAAAUGCUAGUUUACAAGAGCGGCAAUGUCAAGUUGAAACUUGGAGAUGUCCUCUUCGAUGUCUCUCCAGGUCCAAAUGCAAAAUUUCAUAACGAUGUGGCAGCAAUCAACACCAGAGGGAGGAACUGCUGUCGCGUUGGUUCUUCAGCGAAGCUUGUGACCGUUACUCCCGAUGUUGAGUCUCUUUUGAAUACUGCUUCGGACAUGGAAACACGCAAGUGAAGGUCGUUCUGGACGGUCCUGUUCAUACAAGGAUGUGAAAAGCGUAGAAUUGACCACUUAGAUUCUGUAGCUACAAACUAAUCUUCAACCAUGAUCGUAAAAACUCUUCUUGGUGUCUACUUUUUGUAGUAAGAGAGAUUUCAGUAAUUGGGGUACAAGAAAGAAAACUCUUAACAUUUUGAAACAUUCAGAGUUCUUAUUAUGGAAACGCAACGGAGUGAAUCUUGUAAAAUGUCAACAAUGGAGUACAAAACCGGAGAUUAUCAAAAUAAACCACAUCGUGACCUGAAAGAAAGCUAAA